ACACUGUUUACGAAGAAGCAACCAAAGAGGAAAAUAAAAAUAAAAGCGUAUUAAGAUUUCGUGAGGAAAAAAUGCUGUAGGCGCAUUGUAAAAUGCAUAUAGUGCAGAUAAAUCGCGUUUGUGAAAUGCUACAACGCGAAUUCAACAUCAAAUCGGUGCAGAACUUUAAAGUGCAAUAAUAAUAAUACUUCAAUUAUCGAAUAUACCAAAGUGCAAUUGGCCAGUUGAGACUACAACCACAAUAACAACAACAACAACGGCAGUGGAAUAACAUAAUAACCUUGUGGCAGUUGUGUUUUUUGUUUAUUAAGAUCACAGAUAUACAAAAGAAUUCAAGGUAAAAGGAGUAAAAGUGGUUAAAUAAUUAAAGUUUAUGAGGAAAACACAGUGCUUGAGUGUAAGUGUGUGUGUGUAGUGCCAACAAUACAAACGCAAAACAACCAAUACAAGCUCACAGUCAUAGUUUUUCAUAGAAAUAACAAAAGUAAUAGCGAUAAAUAAUACAAAACAACAACAACUUCGAAGAGUCUCAAAAAGUGCUGGAAAAACUUGCGAUAAGAAAAACGCUAGUGAAAAACGAAAGAAGAAAAAAAAAAAGGGAACCUCCACAUCGACAGAUCUUUGAAUGCUGCUGCGUUUUGAAAUCCGGCGACAAAAUGGUUUCGUUAAUUGAUACAAUCGAAGCGGCAGCAGAGAAGCAGAAGCAGCAAUCGGUAUCCUCAUCGUAUUCCUCCUCCCCACCAUCUUCGUCUUCUAGUGGUUCCCUCUCACCACCCUCUGCCGCCCCAAAAUCCAAUCUCACGGCCAGCGGUAAACCAAAGGAGAAACGAAGGAACAAUGAAAAGCGCAAGGAGAAGUCUCGCGAUGCGGCCAGAUGUCGUCGCUCCAAGGAGACGGAGAUUUUCAUGGAACUCUCGGCGGCUUUACCAUUGAAAACCGACGAUGUCAAUCAACUUGACAAGGCAUCCGUGAUGAGGAUCACUAUUGCAUUUCUCAAGAUUCGUGAGAUGCUGCAGUUUGUUCCCAGCGAUGCCAUUAAACCAGACAUGGAUGCUGUUGCUGAGCAGGCGGAGAUCAAGCCCAAGGUGGAAAUGGGUAACGAGGAUUGGUUAAAGGGUCCCGAGGGCAGAGAGCUCUUGAAACAGACCAUGGACGGAUUCCUGCUGGUCCUGUCCCACGAGGGUGACAUCACCUAUGUAUCCGAGAAUGUAGUCGAGUAUCUGGGCAUUACCAAGAUUGACACUCUGGGCCAGCAAAUCUGGGAGUACUCGCACCAGUGCGACCACGCCGAGAUCAAGGAGGCUCUCAGUCUCAAGCGCGAAAUUGCCGAGAAGAUCAAGGAUGAACCGCAGCAGGACUCCGUAAUGAGCACUCAUCACCGGGACCUGUUUGUGCGUUUGAAGUGCACCUUAACCAGUCGUGGGAGAAGCAUCAACAUCAAGAGCGCCUCCUACAAGGUCAUUCACAUCACAGGACACUUGGUGGUCAAUGCCAAGGGCGAGCGCCUGUUGAUGGCCAUUGGUCGACCCAUUCCGCAUCCCUCGAAUAUUGAGAUACCGUUGGGCACCAGCACUUUCCUUACAAAACACUCCCUGGACAUGCGUUUCACCUACGUGGACGACAAGAUGCAUGGCCUCUUGGGAUAUUCGCCCAGAGAUCUGCUCGACACUUCGCUGUUUGUCUGCCAGCAUGGAGCUGAUUCAGAGCACCUGAUGGCCACCUUUAAGAGCGUGCUGAGCAAAGGCCAGGGUGAGACCUGUCGCUACCGAUUUCUGGGAAAAUAUGGUGGCUAUUGCUGGAUUCUUAGCCAGGCCACGAUCGUAUACGAUAAACUAAAGCCACAGAGCGUUGUUUGCGUUAACUACGUCAUAAGUAAUCUUGAGAAUAAACAUGAGAUAUACUCACUUGCUCAACAAACGGCGGCAAGUGAGCAAAAAGAGCACCAACCAGUUGAAAACGAGAAGGAGCCUGAAAAAGCAGCCAGUCCCGAAAUCAUUCUUCAGGAAUCCAAGGAAACAAUAGAGAUCGGCGAUAAACCGCCGGCAAUUGAGAGCAAGGAAACAGAAAAAAUCAACAAGGAAAUACCUUUGGAAUUACCAAGAGAUAAAAUAAUUGCAACUGCAACUGCAACUGGAAGUGGAAGUGCAACUAUACCAGCAAGAAACUCACUUAUAGUAAUUGCAACUGCUGCAGCUGAUAAGAUAAAACAACUACCCGAAAGCAAUCCCUUGAAACAGAUCCUCCAAGCGGAGCUGCACAUCAAGCGAGAGAAUCACUCGCCAGGACCGCGUACCAUUACCGCCCAGCUGCUCAGCGGCCACAGCGGCAACAGCGGCAACAGCGGCGGUCUGCGUCCCGAGGAGAAGCGUCCCAAGUCGGUGACCGCUUCGGUCUUCCGCCCGAGUCCCGCUCCACCCCUAACCCCACCGCCAGCGGUCCUCUGCAAGAAGGCACCGCUCAGUGUGGAGCCUCCACUGCCGCCCACAACCACCACCACGGCGGCCAUAAUCUCCUCGAGCAACCAGCAGCAGCAGCAACAGCAGCAGCAGCAGCAACAGCAGCAGCAGAUCCAACAACCAGCUCAAGAUAUGAAUAAAGGAUUCUGUUCGCUGUUCGCUGACGAUGGAAGAGGUCUGACAAUGCUUAAGGAGGAACCCGACGAUCUGUCCCACCACCUGGCCUCCACCAACUGCAUUCAGCUGGACGAGAUCACUCCGUUCAACGACAUGCUGGUUGGCCUCAUGGGCUCCUGUCUGCUGCCCGAGGACAUCAACUCCCUGGACUCGAACACCUGCUCCACGACGGCCAGUGGCCAGCACUACCAGCACCAGAGUCCCAGCAGCAGCAGCAAUUCAGCAACUAGCAACACCAGUAGCAACAGCUAUGCCAACAGUCCGCUCAGCCCGCUCACACCCACUCCCACGGCAACGGCCAGCAAUCCCAGUCAUCAGCAGCAACCGCAGCAGCAGCAGCAGCAACACAACCAGCAGCAGCAGCAGCAGCAACUCAACCAGCAACACCAGCAGCAGCAACAUCACCCCCAGCACCACGACAACAGCAAUAGCAGCAGCAAUAUUGAUCCGCUGUUCAACUACCGCGAGGAGUCGAACGACACAAGUUGCUCCCAGCACCUGCACUCGCCCAGCAUCACAGCAAAGAGUCCCGAGGACAGCAGCCUGCCUUCACUGUGCAGUCCCAAUUCGCUGACCCAGGAGGAUGAGUUCUCCUUCGAGGACUUUGCCAUGCGUGCUCCCUACAUCCCCAUCGGCGAUGAUAUGCCCCUGCUGACAGAGACGGAUCUCAUGUGGGGUCCGCCAGAGGAUCUGCAGAUCUCCAUGGUGCCCAAGGAGAUCGAUGCCAUGCAGCAGCAGCUGCAACAGCUGCAGCAGCAACAUCACCAGCAGUACGCAAACAAUACUGGCUACCAGCCACAGCAGCAGCAACAACAUAAUCAGCAGCAGCAGCAGCAUUUCUCCAAUUCUCUGUGCUCAUCGCCGGCUUCAACGGUCUCUUCAUUGUCGCCAUCGCCAGUGCAGCAGCAACAUCAGCAGCAACAGGCGACGGUCUUCACCAGCGAUUCCAGCGAACUGGCAGCAUUGCUGUGCGGAUCCGGCAAUGGAACGCUUUCGAUCCUGGGAGGAAGUGGUGUAACUGUGGCGGAGGAGAUCAACGAGCGACUCCAGCAGCAGCAGCAACAUCAGCAGCCGCAGCAGAGUGGCAACGAGUUCAGGACUUUCCAGCAGUUGCAGCAGGAGUUGCAGUUGCAGGAGGAGCAGCAGCAACGUCAGCAGCAACAGCAACAACAGCAGCAGUUGCUCAGCCUCAGCAUCGAGUGCAAAAAGGAGAAAUACGAUGUGCAAAUGGGAACCAGUUUAUGUAAUCCCAUUGACGAUGCAUUCGAGAAUGACUACAGCAAGGACUCCGCUAACCUGGACUGCUGGGACCUACUGCAAAUGCACGUGGCCGAGUCGGCUCCCGUGAGUCCCUCCUCACCUGCUCCCUGCAAGGUUACCACCAUUCAGUUGCUCCAGCAGCAACAGCAGCAACUGCAGCAGCAGCAGCAGCAGCAGAAUAUCAUCUUGAAUGCAGUGCCAUUGAUCACCAUUCAGAAUAAUAAGGGAUUGAUGCAACAACAGCAGCAGCAGGAGCAGCUGCAGCAGCCGGGUUUGAAGCUUCUAAAUGGAGCGCCGGUGACCACCAAGGCCACCAUUCGCCUGGUGGAGAGCAAACCAACCACCACGACGCAGCAGCGAGUGGCCAAGGUGAACCUCGUCCAGCCCCAGCAGCAGCAGCAUGGAAACAAGCGACACCUGAACAGCGCGACAGGGACAGGAAACCCUGUGGAAUCGAAGCGCCUGAAGAGCGGCACCAUCUGCCUGGACGUGCAGUCGCCACAGCUGCUCCAACAGCUGAUUGGCAAGGAUCAGGCUCAGCACCAGACGCAGGCAGCCAAGCGAGCGGGCAGCGAACGCUGGUCGCAAUCGUCGGAGAGCAAGCAGCAGAAACAGCAGCAGCAGCAGCAGCAACAGCAGCAAUCGAACUCGGUCUUGAAGAAUCUGCUGGUCAGCGGACGCGAUGGUAGCGAAUCCGAGCCUAUGAUGAUAGAUGACGACAACCACUCCAUCGGCCAGUCAGUGGCUCUGGGCAAAUACGCUUUGCCCCUGCAUUGCCACACCUCCACGUCGGCGGUGUUGCGGGACUAUCACAACAAUCCGCUGAUCAGCGGCACCAACUUCCAGCUGUCUCCCGUCUUUGGGGGCUCAGAUGCUGGAGGAGGUGACUGUGACGCCAGGUCGGUCGUGUCCCUGGAUGAUUCGUUGCCUCCGGGCUUGACGGCUUGCGAUACGGAUGCCUCUAGCGACAGUGGCAUCGAUGAGCACAGCCUGGUGGAUGGGGCAUCGGGGUCACCUCGUAAACGGCUUUCCCUAACUUCCACCACCAGUGAGCAGGCAGAAACUGCACCACCGCCCCUGGAUGCGGUAAUCCCAGUGAUCCAGCAGGCGGGUGAAGAGGAGCUCGAGACUUGUGGCCCCAACAGUAAUGCCCCCAGCAGCAGGAAGACCUCCAUUUCGUUCCUGGACAGCAGCAAUCCCCUGCUGCACACGCCGGCGAUGAUGGACCUGUGCAACGAUGACUACAUCAUGGGCGAGGGUGGCUUCGAGUUCAGCGACAACCAGUUGGAGCAGGUCCUGGGAUGGCCAGAAAUUGCUUAGGUUUAACGCCUUUGCAUGCACUGCAUUUGAUGAGAGGGCAUUUGUUUUUGGGCUGAUGAGGAAAAAAACAUUGAAAUUAAACUGAGCAUCGAAGAAAAAAGCUAACCAAAAGAUUGAUUUUGAGCCUUGCGUGAAAGUAGUACCCCAAAACACCACCCCACCCACGUACACACCAAACCCCCGAACGAACACUUGACCCCUGACCCCAUGCUAACCGACACACAUUUACAAACAGGAAGGGUUAAUCACACUUGAAUAGUUUUGUAGCCAUGUUAACUGCCUAGAACAGAAGAAUAUACACGUAUGUAAUUUAGUCUUAAUGUUUUUCUAUAUGCAAACCAUUUACACAACAACAACAACAGGAUGAGGAGCAAUUUAGCAGCGGAGAAGGCGUACCAGUCGAAAAAAUAACGAUAAACUUAAAAAUAUACGAAAAGAAAAUAUCUUGAAAAAAAAUGUUCAUAGUUUUUUGCUAGAAGGCUCAAACAAGUUUUUUGGUGAUGGUUGUAUUCUGUUUUAUAACUUUCAAGCGGAAAAGCUGUGACGAAAAAAAAAGUUUUUAAACAUGUUUUACAAUAAAAUAUAAAAAAUCAAAAACAAAAAAAACCCAAAAAAAAUAUACAAUAAUGUAAUUCUUAGUUUAAGUCAUUAAUUUCAAUGUUUUCAAAUGCUACAAUGAAUGUUUGUAGAAAUUAUAAUAUUUUAAUUUUAAUUAUUUAAACUAAGUAAAUAUCUAUUCAAUUCAGUUUAUCUUAACUUUCAGGCUAUACUUUGUGCAUUUCUUAUAAAGUUAUCUUUGUGUCAAUCAUUUUCAAUAAUUUCUCGAUUUCUAUUAUCAAUUGAUUACCGAUUGUUUAUGUAAAAUUAGUUUUAGUUCUGUUUAAGGCGCAUCAUACACAACAAACUGUUUGCUUGCUCUAAUCCAAAUCACUUCAAUGUUCAGUGUUUUUAAAAUUGUUUUAAUAUUAAUUGGCAAAAUAAAUAUAGAAUUCAUUUCGAUGAAAGUUGCAUGCAGAAAA